AUGGCAGUUGAUGUUCCACGUUCAGUUAUAACCAAAUUAAUGUUCUUCACAGCAGCAAUGGUGGUUUGUCCACUGGUUACUUUUUUCACAAUCCAGCAAUAUACUUCCAACACACUUGUAAGCGGUGGUUUGGCUGCUGCGAUGGCAAAUGUUGUGUUGAUCGGUUAUAUUAUAAUUGCAUUUAUGGAAGAUACAGCUUCUGAUGAAGAAUUAACAAUAAAGAAGAAAGAGUAA